UGAUAUACAGGGCAGACAUUUUGUUUUAAAACAAACUGAGACUUGACAUAAGUAUCACACGAAAGGCAAAACGCUAUUCUUCCUUUGCCGUUCUUGAAAUCGGUGCGAAACGACGCAGCAGCCUCAUAGGUCGCCGCCAAAUCAAGUAGCCAUUGAGGAAAAAGUGGAAGUUUUGUUUGAUAUUAGGUGAAGCCUAAUGGCAUCUUUGGAAAUAAAAUCUGGUGCAUUGGUUUCGUUACAAGACCUGCGCCCAUCAUCUCCUUUUUUUAAGCAAGGAGCUUCGCUCAGAAUAAUUGGAAAGUUACAGGAAUACUCUACAGAGACAGGCCUAGCAAUAAUUAUUGAUGGUGAUGACAUUCUAAAGGUUAAUACUGAACAUCUAAGGGACCUUAUUUUUCAUGUUGGAUCUGUCUACCAAUUCAUUGGUGAACUCCUUAUCCAACCAGAUAAUGAGGGAGUUUUGCAGGCACGAGUUGGUAGAAAUGUUGAUGGGAUUGAUCUCAAUCUUUAUCAUCAGUCCCUGCUGCUUUUAAGACAGUUUCAAGCCAAUCAUUUAAACAAUCCAGCAACUAUGUAGAGGUCAUCAUACUAAUAUAAAAAAUACAUAUUUUCUCACAAGAGAAAUGUUAACAACACACUUUCUAAUUCUAAUACAAUUUUGAACUUGCUUUCUAAUUAGUUGAAUUUUUGUUGAAAACCACAAAAUUUAGAGAAUUUGCAUCCUAUUUAAUGAUUAUCUCUCUUUAUUUUAUAGUUUUUAAUAAAUUUUAACGAAUAAAAUAGUGUAUUGCUAGCACUUAUCUUUCUCAUAAUAUAAAAAAAAAGUUGGAACUUGGAAUUGGAAGGUUGUUCCCUUAACUAUUUUCAUAGAAAAAUGUUGUCACAUAGAGAUACUGAAUGCCUAGGCAUUUCCCGAUGUUUUUCAGAUAAAGACAUGGUAUUCUGUAGUGUUUGCCAUGUAAACAGAAUCUUAACAACGUUCAUGAUGGCCUUUCAUUUUAUUUUAUUCGCCCUUUCUUCUGGCUGCAAAUGGGACAUGACAUCAAAGAGCUGUUAGGUGUGAGUUGGGCUUAGCUGUGCAGGCUUCACGGGGGACAUUUAGUUUUUCAUGUGAAACUAUGCAACAAAUUUUUGGCCACCCUGAUUUUGCAAUCUGAAACUGUGGUAAGGGAGGGGGAGGGUGGAGUGAUAUUUAAUUUAAGGCAAUAUAUAAUAUAUUUUAAUACAUGUCAGCUGUCUCUAUUUGUAUUUUGCACCACUAUUUCAACAUCUUUGUAGCAUUCGAAUGCUACAUGGUCGUACAUGUUUGCAUCUGCGUGGGAAAAAUAUCGGUGCCAGUUAUCUAGUUGGUAGGACCCGUCACGUAAAUUUAUGUGGUAGCGGUUGAGGUUGGAAGGAGGUUGUAUUCCAUGUGGUACAUUGUGAUGAAUUGAAAAGGCACAAAUCAACAUACUGUGUUUCACACAAAUUAUUAUCCACCACUCAUGCAAAAGUCUUGGGUGUUGAAUUUGCAAAUUUAUAUGUUGACAAGCAAUGAUUUGUAGAUGAAGAUGCAUAUUUAUAUUGUAAUGAUGGAAUAUAUGUUGGUUUUCAUGCCCCACA